AUGAGGCUCAAGAAGGAGAUCGGUCCAGACCGACAGAAGGCGUUCGAAUGGCUGUCACUUCACCGUGGCGGUGACCGGGAGCACGGCCCUGAAUUUGCUGCGAAUCUUCGGCGAGCCGUCGGUGAUAUCAUCAUUGCCAAGGAGCUGCUCCCGAAGGUGGCCCGGGAGUUGGUGGAGCACUCGGUGUUCAGCGGAGAAGACGCACGCAUCUUCCUCGAACAGCUCAAUCAAUACAAGGAGGUGUCGAUCAAUCUGAUGGCCCAAACCCUUCGCCACACCCGCAAGCAGCAGCGCGCCAACCAU